AUGGGGCCGCUGGUUUGGAAAAAAGCGUCGCCAGGAAAAGGCGUGAAGGAGAAACCUGAAGAGGAGACCGGAGCGGCAGGCACGUCCAAACCGCGCCAGCACCCCAGCGCCCUGUUCGCCAGAGGAAGCAGGAAAGCGCUCCGGAGUCCGCAGCGAUCGUCAAGUAGAACGAGAGAAAACAAGCACCCCUUCGCCCUGUACGGGUGGGGGGAGCGGCGGACGGACACUGGGAGCCAAAGAACACACAACGUCUGUGCUUCCGCGCCCGUGCACGAGAUUCACGAGUCGGCGCUACGGGCCAAGAACAGAAGGCAGGUGGAAAAGAGGCGGCUGGUGGCUCAGAGGCAGCGGGCGCACUCGGUGGACGUGGAGAAGAGCCGGAUGGCCAAGCCGGCCGCCUCGGAGAGCCCGUGGGUCACGGAGUACAUGCGCUGCUACUCAGCCCGCGCGUGACAGGGGAGGCCGCCGGCACCGCCUCCCUGAGAAGCACCAAUAAAAGAGAACAAACUAUCCAAUCCGCCGACAUCAGAAGGACCAGGACGUGGGUGUGAGAAACCAGCCCCUGGUGCCAAGUUCCCUUAGAGGGUUCCCUAAAGAUGCUGCCCUUUGGGGGCGCCCCCGGCCCCGGCCUGGGCAGCAGGCGACCGCGAAGCCAUCCACGUUUGCUUCUUGACCAAGAUAACGCCCUCCGUCUUUGCUCUCCCUGUGCGGGUUUCGUCUCAGAGCAUCUUUAAUCUUUUCAGACGUCGACACCCAAUGCCUUUAAAAUGGCUAGAGAUGCUUCAGACUUGGUAUUUUUUCCUGGUAGAUCCUCCCGUCGUUGGCAUCGCAGUCACGGUCCUGGCGCGCAGCUGCGUGAGCCAGUGUCACGUCCACGGGCGUCUCGGCAGGAACGUGGAUCCGCGUGUCACGCAGUGGGAACCUGCGUCGUGUUUCGGUUCCGCACUGCGGGCGGCUGUGAUCGCCACGAGUUUCCUGGGCUCGGGGAGCAUCCUCUGUCCUCCUCAAGCCACAGCGUGGGCACCUGUCAUUUCGCAGGUCAGAUGCGUUCCAGGGUGCGGAGCGGACGCUGGCGUGGCCUGGGAAUCAGACUGUCAUGUCGUUUUGCUUUUUUAUUGUGAGGUUUUCCUAGAGGCGGACCCCUCUCUCCCGUGACCGUGGCCGUGGCAUUCAGGACGGCCUGGAAUCCCAGGGAGUAAACGGAGCCGGUCUUGCUUGCUCAUGGGGGUGAGGGGCCGUGAGUCAGGUGCCCUUCGGGAUGCCCCCCUGUCCCCCCCCGAACUAAUAGACUAAUGAUGCCACGGACCUCACCGAUGGCGAAGCGUGACCGUGGCACAUUCAGGCGCCGGUUGGAAUCCAUUCCUAGCCAGCAGGCCUCAUGCAGAACGGUGUGUGGGUGCCCGUGGGAGGCUGUGCAGGAAUGAAGGGCUCCGUCUCUCAGCCCACUUGCUUUUGGGGAAGAAAGAGUGAUUUUAAGAAACCCUGGUUCCCACCCGGCGGAGGAUCUACGGGAGGG